GGGCCUGCGGAGGAGGCGCGGCCGGCUCGGGACGCCUGGCUGGGCCCGGCCACUCGAGAGGCGCCCACUGCUCCUUGCGGCCGGCCUGCUGCUCCGAGCCCGCGGCGGCGGCGGCGACGGGCGGCAUGCGCGUGUGAGAUGCGGCCCUGGGCAGCCCGGACGCGAGCAGCGGCCCCCGCGGCAGCGGCCAAGGCAGACGCGGCCUCCUCGGCGCCGGGCGCGCAGUGCAUGAGGGCGAGCACGCGGGCGCUGGGCAGCCGCCGUGCACGCCGCCUCCAUAAACACUUGUUUAGGACUCGUUCGCCCCGCUGAGGCCUCCGGGAGCUCUCCCCCGUCCCGCCAUGGAGGCCCCGGCAGACCCCGAGCCCCACGUCGCGGCCUCGGCCUCGGCCCCGCUGCGCGCCCCGGAGGUGGCGCGGCUCCGCGAGGAGCAGGAAAAGGUGGUCACUAACUGCCAGGAGAAAAUCCAGCAUUGGAUGAAGGUAGAUAGCGACUAUAAUGCCCUUCAGGAAAGACUCAGUACCCUGCCGGAUAAGUUGUCGUAUAAUGUCAUGGUACCGUUUGGUCCCUUUGCUUUCAUGCCAGGAAAACUUGUGCAUACUAAUGAAGUCACUGUUUUACUUGGGGACAACUGGUUUGCAAAGUGCUCUGCCAAGCAGGCUGUAGGUUUAGUUGAGCACCGGAAAGAACAUGUAAGAAAAACAAUAGAUGAUUUUAAAAAGGUGAUGAAAAAUUUUGAAUCCAGAAUUGAAUUCACGGAAGAUUUACAGAAAAUGAGUGAUGCUGCAGGAGAUAUUGUUGAUAUAAGAGAAGAAAUUAAAACUGACUUCGAAUUUAAAGGGAAACAUCGGAUUGCUCAUAAGCCUCAUUCCAAACCCAAAACUUCCGAUAUUUUUGAAGCAGAUUUUGCAAGUGAGGUAAAAUCCAAGGAUUUGCUUGCUGAUAAGGAAUUGUGGGCUCGACUCGAAGAACUGGAGAGACAAGAAGAAUUGCUGGGUGAACUUGAUAGUAAGCCUGAUCCUGUGAUUGCAGAUGGAGAAGAUAGAGUAUCUUCUGAAGAGGAAAAGGAAGACCAGAAGACAGAUACGAGUUUGAUGUGUCCAGGAGUAGACUCUCUUACUCCCAGAGCUUGUCAGCCAAAUAGGGCAAGUGCAGAACUAUUGAAUGGCCAGGUGCAUAGUCAAUUGAACUGUUCGGUGAAUGGUUCCGUUUCUUACUACAAUAAUGAAGAUGAUGAUGAUGAAAAUGGUGAUGACAGUGACAAUGAAAAUGACCAUGAUACUGUAGGAUUUGGAGAUAACUCCAUACCAACAAUAUAUUUUUCUCAUACUGUGGAACCUAAGAGGGUCCGAAUAAAUACUGGAAAAAAUACCACUUUAAAAUUCAGUGAAAGAAAAGAAGAAGCCAAACGUAAGAGAAAAAACAGCUCUGGCAGUGGGCAUUGCUGCCAUGAUCUGCCCGCCAUCAGGACGCCCGCGGACAUUUACAGGGUCUUCGUUGAUGUUGUGAAUGGUGAAUACGUGCCUCGUAAGUCAAUCCUGAAGUCUCGCAGCCGAGAGAACAGCGUGUGCAGUGACACGAGCGAGAGCAGCGCCGCUGAGCCGGAUGACAGGCGCGGGGCCCUGCGGGGCGCGGGCUGCGAAGACGCCGCGUGCGGCGAUGCUGCUGAGAGCAGCGUGGGAGAAGAGCCACAGGAAAGUCAGCAGAAGUGCCUGCCCUCCCCGGGGACACCUGAGGCUUUUUCUGGAACUGUAAUAGAGAAAGAGUUUUUUUCAUCUUCGUCAACCCCGCACCAAGCCAUUGCUCAUCCCGUCCUCCCCACCAUUCCAGAACGCAAAGAAGUUCUGUCAGAUGUACCAGAAGAAGUUGUGAAGAGAGUGUCCAAGUUCAAAGCCGCCAGAUUGCAACAGAAAAACUAGGGCCCGUCUAGAAUAAUGCGAGUCUAAAUCCUAAGCCCUUGUUGUGUGUUUUUAUAUAGCAAAAUGUCAUAUAUUUGGAAAAAGGCAUUCUGAGUUAGGUUGGCAGCAAGUUCUUUAUCAUUUAUUAGUGGUAUUAAAAAUAUCUAAAAGUAAAUGUUUGACUCCUUUAAUAUUCGGCUUGUUUUGUUCAUUCUCUCAGUACUGUCAACACUCUUGUCUGAGAAUGCCUUAUGAUGCAGUGGCAGCGUUUUGACUUAUUUUUUGAAGAAUAUUGUUCCUUGUUUUUGUCUUUCUAACUAAAUACAGGCAGUUUUGUACCAGCUGUGAUGUUGUGCAUACCAUAUGGACCAUUUUAAAGAAACUCUCAAAAUCUCAAGUGGAUUCAACAGCCAUGACUUGCUUUCACAUGUUAAAGGCACUUUAAACAAAUCUACGUCUUUUGUAGGUUUUGAGCUAGGUGGCUGUUUUAAAAUCCUUUCCCCUUUGAAUAUCCUGCUGUAAUCAUGAAGGCGGAAGGUUACAUGUACUCUGCGGCAAAGCUUCUUUGGAAAAAUUGUAUUUUGUAAAAAAAAAAAUGUUUUUCAAGUAAAAAUUUCUAUAAAACCUG